UGCGCAUUGCGCCUGGCCCGUCCCUUCCGUCAGAGGCGCUGCCCGCUCCGUCCGUGGGCUACAGGAGGGGAGAAGGACGACCGGGAGGAGAACGAACGAACGGCGGCGGGCGGAAGGCAGGCAGGUCGGCCGGCCUCCGCCGCCACCGCCGCCAAGACGGACUUCCUGUGGGACAAGCGGACGGGGCUGGCGGCCAAGAGGAUGCCUCAUUCCAGAAGGUUCCGCUCUUCAGAACACAGCAGCCGGGGCAGCUACCACGACCACUACAGAAACCGCAAGCACAAACGGAGGCGGAGCCGGUCACCAUCAAGCAGCAGUGAGCGGCGGCAUCGCAGAGAAGAUAGCUACCAUGUCCGAUCCCGCAGUUAUGAUGACCAUUCGUCUGAUCGACGAGCCUAUGACCGGAGACAUUGUGACGGAUAUCGGCGAGAUCCCUAUUAUGAGGCUGAGUACCACCACUCUUACGAGUACCAACGUUCCCGUGAUGACAGCUACCGUAGCUGCAAGAGCAGUCGGCGAAAGCACCAUCGGAGACGCCGUCAUAGCCGUUCCUUCAGCCACUCCUCAUCGAGUCAACAAAGCGGCAGGAGAGCCAAGAGCGUGGAAGACGACGACGAAGGCCACCUCAUCUAUCGCAUCGGCGACUGGCUCCAAGAAAGAUAUGAGAUCAUUAGCACCCUUGGAGAGGGUACUUUUGGCCGGGUCGUACAGUGUGUGGAUCACCGCAGGGGCAACACACGUGUGGCUUUAAAAAUAAUCAAGAAUGUGGAAAAGUAUAAAGAGGCAGCUCGUUUGGAGAUCAAUGUGCUUGAGAAGAUUAAUGAGAAAGAUCCAGAAAACAAAAACCUAUGUGUGCAGAUGUACGACUGGUUUGACUACCAUGGUCACAUGUGCAUUUCCUUUGAGCUUCUGGGGCUCAGCACUUUUGACUUCCUGAAGGACAACAACUACCUGCCUUAUCCCCUCCACCAGAUCAGGCAUAUGUCUUACCAAGUGUGCCAGGCUGUGAAAUUUCUACAUGAAAACAAGCUCACUCAUACAGAUCUCAAACCUGAAAACAUCCUCUUUGUCAAUUCGGAUUAUGAAAUGACUUACAAUCUGGAAAAGAAGAGAGAUGAGCGAAGUGUAAAGAACACGGCUGUCCGAGUAGUCGAUUUUGGAAGUGCCACAUUCGACCAUGAGCAUCAUAGCACCAUUGUCUCUACGCGGCAUUAUCGGGCACCAGAGGUCAUUCUAGAGCUAGGUUGGGCCCAGCCGUGUGAUGUCUGGAGCAUUGGCUGCAUCAUCUUUGAGUACUACAUGGGUUUCACAUUGUUUCAGACCCACGAUAACCGAGAACAUCUGGCAAUGAUGGAGCGGAUUCUAGGUCCUAUCCCAUCACGUAUGACUCGGAAGACCAGGAAGCAGAAAUACUUCUACCAUGGCCGCCUAGACUGGGAUGAGAACACCUCUGCUGGGCGCUAUGUACGGGAGAACUGCAAGCCACUGCGGGACCCUGCGAUCAUCCAACACAGGCCGACCUCAGAGUAUGCCACUCUGGAUGUCUACAAUCCUUUUGACAAACCAGAGCAGCCUCCCCCUCCAUAUGAACCCCCAGCCUCAGCAUUGGCAGCCCCUUCAGUGCCACCAGCACCUGCCUUGCAGCCACCCAAGAAAUCAAGCCCUACGGAGCCCAGGAAUUAUGGCUCUUAUGGUACUCAGGAGUCAACAGCAGCAGCCACAGCUGAACUCUUGAAGCGCCAGGAAGAACUGAAUCGCAAAGCUGAGGAGUUGGACCGAAGGGAGCGAGAAUUACAGAAUGCCGCCUUGGGUGGUGGAGCAGCCAGACCAAACAAUUGGCCUCCUCUGCCUUCCUUCUGUCCUGUGAAGCCAUGUUUCUAUCAGGAUAUCCCGGUUGAGAUUCCUGUGGAGUCCCAGAAAACAGUCACUACCAUGUACUACCUCUGGAUGGCCAGCAUUGUGACUCUCUUCUUCAACUUCUUGGCGUCACUGGCCUGGUUCUGUGUGGACUCGUCAGGUGGCUCAGGCUUUGGCCUUUCCAUCCUGUGGACCUUGAUCUUCACCCCCUGCUCUUUCCUGUGCUGGUAUCGGCCGAUGUACAAAGCCUUCAAGAGCGACAGCUCUUUCAACUUCUUUGUCUUCUUCUUCAUAUUCUUUGCACAGGAUGUGGUUUAUGUUCUUCAGGCCAUUGGCAUUCCAGGUUGGGGAUUCAGUGGUUGGAUUGCGAGCCUCACAGCACUGAAGCAGAACACUGGUGUAGCCAUCCUCAUGAUGCUGGUUGCAACCCUCUUUACAGCUGUGGCUGGACUGGGCAUUAUCAUGCUGAAGCGAAUCCACUCUCUGUACCGUCGCACAGGUGCCAGCUUCCAAAAGGCUCAGGAAGAGUUUGCUGCUGGGGUUUUCUCCAACCAAGCAGUGCGCACAGCAGCUGCCAAUGCAGCUGCAGGGGCAGCGACCAGCACUUUCAGAGCCUCAUAAACCAGGGCUUGUGAAUGUUAAGCCGCGCCCUGCUUUUCAUCUGGCCCAUUCCAUGGAGGCAGCUUCAACUGAACAAAGAAGAACCAAGUUACACUUCUGUUCUCAAAACAGAAGUCCUUCUUGUGUGCUGAUUAUAGAAGGCUGUGCUCCCUCUGCCCUGUUUGACUUAACAGUGCCACCGCCGCCCGCCACCUCACCCUGGUUAAGCAUGGGAUUUGGCACUGCUGUCUGAUUCUAACCCGCCAUCUCUUCCUGUGAAAGCUUUUGUAUCCUUACCCCAAAAUAAAAGGGGCAGGAGAUGGGAGGCUGUUUUUGACUUCCCCUCAUCCCAAUGCACGAAAGAAGCUGCAGAGAAUGGAGGCCCCUCUUGUACACCUCGCUGAGAUUGACUUUUCCUUUGCUGUGGCCUCUUCACACUCAUAUUCCAUUUUCCCCUCUUUUGUCCAGAUGGUGACUGGCAGGGACUUUAUCAUCCUUCCCUUCUGUGUUCCUUACGUUGUCCAGCUUUGUUGAAGAUCCCUCAACCUCUUAACAUUAUCUGAUGGGUGGAAAAAUCAGACAGCUUUUUUUUUGCAGGGAGGGGUUGGCACCAUUUUGUCAGGCUUUUUCUGCCAGUUGUGGUCAACAGAGGGCAAUAUUGGCUCAUGUAGCCAAAGGCUUUAUAGGUAGUAAAGAACAGGAGGAAAUAUGUUUUUUUGGGGUGGUUUGUCAUGACCUUGUUUACAACACCAGAUCCAUUUCUUUUAGAUGCUCUGGGCUAUUUCUGUUACUGCCUCUGGCCAUCUGUGCAGCUUCCAUUAUUUUUCUCCCAAAGCCUUUGAGGGCAGGUAGGAGGUAUUUCAGCCUCUUGUAUGCCCAAUCUGCCCAUAACAUCCUAUUUUGACUACUGUGUGGCACAUUUUCCAUUGUUAGGGUGGCUGGUGACUAUGAUUCCUGCUCCUCUUCCUUCUCCCAUUAGUGGAGGAUAUGUUCUCCUCCCCAUCUCUUGCACUCAUGUGUUUUUUCUAAAAUCAGCUUUUCCACCAGUAUCACUAUAAUUAUCUGUUGCUUUUAUAUCCCACUUUUUCUUCAGGGCGCUGUAGUUCUUUUCCAUAUUUUCAUCCUCACAAGAACCCUGCCAGGUAGACUAGACAAAGUGGCUACCGAAAAUUCCUUGAGCUUCAUAGCCAUAUAUGGAUUUGAAUUUGGGUUGCCAGGGUGCUUUGGACAGGCACAGCGGUGUGGUGGUAAUUUUUGAAGACCAGGCCAUCAUCAAGAUGUUUCUUGGGCACACAACCCAAGGGAGAGUCCAAAAGUACAAGCAGCUAUGUUGUGAUCCAUAGCGACCUAACAGUUCUCACCUCUACAGAGUGUGUCUUCAGCAAAGUGAAGGUCUGAUGAUUGCUCCUUCAAGACCAAGCCACCCCAAAAUCCUCUGGAGUACAGCAGUGCUCAUUCACAACCAUAUUGUUGUUCGGAAGAUAAGUUCAGAAGCAACAGGGAACUUUGCAGGAUGCAUGGCUAAUGAAAUGAUUAUUCAUGUUAAUGGGGAAACAAAAGAAUUCUGACAGCUUUGACCCAACUCCUUUACAAUUCUUUCUCUGUAUGUUCUUCCUGUUCUGCAUCUACCCUUAAAUCUGAGAUGGCUUUCCCUCUGUAUUUGUAAUUUGGUACAUACUGUAUAUCCACCCACUCAUAGCUAAUGUUGCUUUUGCCUCCUUGGAUGCUAUGAAAGAUUUCAACAUUCACAUUACACAUUACAGAGCUGUAUUCCACUUCAACUACCAUGGCAAUAUCGUAUGGAAUCCUGUGGUUUGUAGUUUGAGGAGGCACUAGAGCUCUCUAGCUGAGAAUUCGAAAUACUCUUUCCUAAACUGCAAGUUCCAGGAUUCUGUAGGUUGUUAUGGCACUUACAGUGGGAUCAUGAGCACUAUAACUGCGUAGUCUGAAAGGGCCCUGAUUUCUGUUUCACACCUUCAUUUUGCAUCUUUGCCUAUGCUACAGGUUUUGCUAGUUUCAGAUUUCACGUUAGCUCCAUUUUUGCUCAAUUCUGGCCCCAUACAGACUGCCAAAAUAAAGCUGCUUCAGGUCACUUUGGAGGUACACUGUUAACUGAUGCAAGUGUCCUCUUAAGAGUUCGAAAGCUGCUCCAAAGCUGUGCUCCAGUUCUUAGGACUGGAUCGUGGCUUUGGUAUGGCUUCUGGACUCUUCGGACGCAUGCAUCAUUUAAACAGCAUGUAUCCAAAGUGACCCGAAGCAGCUUUAUUUUGGCCUGUCUGUAUGGGGCCUCUGUUGCUUAUUCUGUUUGUUUCAUUACUGAAGACCAUCUGACUGCCUCACCCCUCCUUUUGCUUCUGUGUGUCUCUGGAGUUCCUGGAUCUGUACAUGCAUCAAAUGUCCUGACUCACUGGAGGUUCUUCCUUUACUCCCCCAGUAGAACGUGUUAAACUUUUAUGUCCUUUUGUUGGGGGAUCUCUGCCCUUUCACCUUAUUUGUUUUGCUGUGCCAAAUGCAAGAUGACUUGUGGAAACUUUAUUUAUGGAAUAAAUUACAUUUCAACUCA